AUGCGUUUCUUCGCCAUCUUCUCCAUUGCCGUCACUAUGAUGGGCCUCGCUGCUGCCCGGCCCAACGAGCGUAUCACCGAGGCGCGUGAAGCAUCGCCUAAGUACUUGUUCCGCCGCGCCUGUGACUGUGAUGGCGUUGUUGCCUGCUGCAUCAAUGAUUGCGGUGGUCGGGAGCAGUGUUGCAACACUACCUGCAUGGACAGGUUCCCUGGCUGCGAGGGGGCUUGCUAA